CGAAGACGACAUCAGAACAGGCCCCUACAGCAUCGCUUCACCCAGUAGCAUCUACUCGUCUCGCCACUCGCUGGUCCCGGCCUCCAGCGAGUCCCUCUCUCCUCGAGAUGCCCUCGUUCCUCGCCGACGACGACAACUCGAAUCUCUUCUCGACCAACCCCGACAUCCUCAACCUUGACCCGAACAACCAGUUCGGCCUCGCGACCACCAAGGAGAGGGUGAACGCGGGCUCCAUCCGCCAUAGCCGCUCCGACACCAUCAAUGAGAGCUUCGACGAGAGCUCCAUCUCGUCCACUCACGCCUCGGACGUCUCCGAAUCUACCCCGACGCCUAUGAAUGGCAACGGCACGCGGCCCACGAGCAUGAGCUCCCUCUCCAAUGGCCAGUCCGUCUCCGCUUCCACAACACAGUCCCGCCAGGAUGACCUCGCCUACCGACAAAAGCCUCUUCCCAACCCCAACGGAAUGACGUCCCUCGUCGAUCGUACCCUUCCCCGUCUGCCGAACGACGCCAAUGGUUCAUAUUCAACCAUGCCUUCGACCCAGAACUACGAUACCUCGAAACCUCUCCCGAUGGGCCCUCAAUCUGAGUUCGCGGAGAAGGUCCCAAGCAGGAGUUUCGAUGGCACCUAUACGACCACGCCAACGGCGCCUGCGACAGCCGAUCCUACACAACCUCGCGCCUAUGCCUCUGGUCACCGAUUAUCCUCUCCGCCCAUCUACACCGGCAACACAGCCACUUUGUCGGGACAUCUUCAGCCAACACCUCCACCGCUCAAGCAGAGACACACUCUCGAAGUACCGAAGCUAGCGCCAGGUCGUCCCUCCAAAGAUUUAGAUACAGCCCAGGCCAGUGGCCGAUUCUCCCCUACCAAUGCCGGCCCGUCAACACGACGCGCGUCUCUGAGUCUUGGUCGAAGACCUACCAGGUCGAUGCAGUCGGAUGGGCCCCGGGAUGAGAUUGUGCCAGAUGAAGAUGCCAUUCGCUGGGCGGAGGCGUACCGACAGAAGAGGGCCAGCAAACGCAAGCGCAAGGAAGAGGAGGAUACCGACCGAGUCCUCGUGGGUACCAUGGUUGAUGAGAGCCACGCCAACUGGGUCACAGCCUACAACAUGUUGACGGGUAUCCGAGUGUCAGUGUCGAGGACAAACGCCAAACUCGACCGGGAUUUGACCGAUGCCGACUUUGAAACUAAGCAAAAGUCGACGUUUGAUAUUGCCGGUAACGAAAUGAUUCCCUCAGCCAAGUACGACUUCAAGUUCAAGGAUUAUGCCCCUUGGGUUUUCCGUCGUCUACGAACGCUGUUCCGUCUUGACCCUGCCGAUUACCUCAUGUCCCUGACGGGCAAAUAUAUCCUCUCGGAGCUUGGCUCGCCCGGCAAGAGCGGUAGCUUCUUUUACUUCUCCCGAGACUACAAGUACAUCAUCAAGACGAUUCACCACGCCGAGCACAAGUUCCUGCGCAAGAUCCUCAAGGACUACUACUCGCACGUCGAGGCAAACCCCAACACGCUCCUUUCGCAGUUCUACGGCCUGCACCGCGUCAAGAUGCCUUAUGGCAAGAAGAUUCACUUUGUCGUCAUGAACAACCUGUUCCCGCCACACCGCGAUAUCCACACCACCUUCGACCUCAAGGGCUCGACUAUUGGUCGAGACUAUCGGGAGGAGGAUCUGGAGAAGAACCCGCGAGCGACACUGAAGGAUCUGAACUGGAUGAGGCGGCAGCGGAACCUGGAGCUUGGUAUCCAGAAGAAGCGAAUGUUCCUCGAGCAGCUGCAACGGGAUGUGGUUCUGCUCAAGAAGCUCCACAUCAUGGACUACUCCCUCUUGGUUGGCAUCCAUGACGUCUCGCGUGGGAACGAAGAGAACCUCCGUGACAAGACGCUCCAAGUGUUCAACCCAGGUGGGGAAAAGUCGCCCGAUGAUGAUCCCCAGUCCGUUCUGCUCCGAACGCCUUCGAAGCUGGAGAAUGCUCGCAAGGCCAGGGAGCUGAGACAAAUGAUCCGACAGGAACGGCCUGUACCUAUCGGCCAGUCUAUGAACAAGAUGCCGGAUGAGUUGGAAGAUGGUCAUAACCGUCCUGGAUUCGUCUUCAACCAGGAUGACGGGGGCUUUAGGGCUACCCACGAGGACAACAACCCAGCAGACGAGAUUUAUUACCUCGGUGUCAUUGACUGCCUGACUCAUUACGGAGUCAUCAAGAAGAUUGAGAACUUCUGGAAGGGCUUGUCAAGCGACAAGACACAAAUCUCUGCUCUCCCCCCGGAGCAGUACGGAGACCGAUUCUACCACUUCAUCGAGGGUGUCACCAUGUCGACAGAGGAAGCCCAUCGAGAAGCUCAGCGAAGGGAUCAGGAGAUGAUAGACGCCCAGGGCUCGAACCAGCGCGUGUCCAGCUGGAACUCACGGCGCAGGUCGCAAGUUAUCCCACCCAUGCCAACUCAUCUCCCCCCUGCGCCCCCCGGAGCGCGGACGUCGGAAGGCCAAGAUGUGGUUGAGAGGGCAAUGAGGGAAGCAGAGUCGGAUCCCAUGGCAGAGAAGCACAUCCCCGAUAGAACCUUGACGACUGCUGCCAGGGACACGCGGGACUCGAUGCAGCGCGAACCCAUUCUCCCUGUAGUGGAAGAAGCCGGCGAGACACGGCCUGAGACGCCGCCCAAGGAUUAUAACAAGUCUCUCCCGCCGACUCGUGCUCCACCACCGACACCACCCAAGCCGGAGCACCUCAAACCCGAGAGCCAAGAUAGUGGUUACGCCGGCACCAACAACAGCAACGGCGGAGAUCACGGUCACAUGCUACGGACCAAGAUGAGCCGCGAGAGCUUGGACAAGGAGCUGCCACCGCUCCCUCCCAAGGGACAGACAAACAACAGUGGAAUACGGAUGGUCGCAUAGGUCGCCACAGUCGUUUCUAGUUGCCUACCGAAGAAGCGUUCAAGGGACUAUUCAUGAUUAAGGACAACAAGCAAGCGCAAUAAGCUGCACGAGACAUGGAACAUCAGCAACCAAAACGAUGCAUUAGAAAGGCGAGACAUAGGCGGUACCUCUUUUUGUUUCCAGGACGGUUUCUUUUCCUUCCGACCUUCA